AUGGCUACAUCACAGUUAUAUGAAAUCAUUCUUCAUGAUCCAAAACGUCAAGUAGAUUAUACUAUUCAAUUAAAUCAUGAAGAAUAUUUGAGAGCGCAAAGAGAAUUUGCGAACAGAUUAUUGUUACAUGCACGAGAUAACAGCACAGAGCAACAGGACCAUGAAACAAAUGAUUCAUCCCUGGACAAUGAACAUGAAAAAGAAAACACAAAAUCCGUAAUUAAUGUAUGGAAUUAUAAUCAAACAAAAUGUUUAAUACAGUCUAUGGGCACACACAUUAAUGAUCUUAAUCAUCCUAAAAAAAGAAAAUAUGAUUUUGAUCAUAUUGUUAAUGACUUGUUAAGUAAUGGAUACAAAGUGGAUGCACAAAUGGUGCAAAAUAAGUGGCGAAGUCUUGUUCGAAGCUACAAUAAGGCCAAGGACAAUAAAAAUAGGACUGGUUGUGGACCAACGAGAAUUCUUUUUUACGAUAUUAUUGAUGAAAUUUUAGGAGACAAACCAAGUAAUAACUGUACACAUUCCUUAAAUUCUAUAGAAAAUAUUACUGCACAAGAAAGUCAAGAAACAAGUGUCGAGAUGUCUCCUACAAAUAUUUUAUCAACACAAGCAAUAAAUGCACCAGCUGCAAGUUCAUAUAACGUGGGAGAGUCCGGUUUGGUUAAUAAUAUGCAAAAUUUAAAGCCAAAGAAAAAAUUAUCUGUAAAAAAUGUUCAAAGAGAAUAUUUAGAAAUAAAAAAAGAAGAAUAUACAAAUAAGCAAAAGAGGCAUGAUGAGAAGUGUUGUCGCAGCAGAAAUAAGAGUUCGUGUGAGAAAUAA